AUAAUGUUAUUCAAGCCAAAUAGUGUGUUUUUAAUGUCCUUUGCGGUUGCUUUUCUAUGUCUUCCGGUACAUAUUGAAUCAUCUAAUAAGUGUCUUAAAACAAAUAAUUACUUUUCAAUUCAUCCUUCAAACAAUGGAUUUGGCAUUGGUCUUCAAGUUACAAAUAGAUCAACGCAUCAAGUGAUGACACGAAUAUUUUCAAUAUUUUUAAAGGAAGUGCUUAACUAUAAGGAUGUGAAAAUUAUUCCAUUAAUAUUUGAAAAUUCAUCGGACCCUGGAAAUGCUUUGCGAACCCUAAAAUAUGUCAAAUACUAUAAGGGACACCAUCAGAUUUCAAUGAUCAAUUUGGAAGUGUGGACACCAUACACAGUGCAUAAGGAGCCACAACCAAAUAUAUAUAGUGCCGGUGCGUCUAUAGCUCCCGGUCGGUUCAGUUGGUUUGUACCAAGGUCACAAAUUACGACGGAUACAAAGGACUGUAGCUUGCAUUAUGAAGUCUUUAGGGAUACUAAUAAUGUAUAUUAUUCACUCUACUUGAUGGAAAAUAAUAUUAUAUCAAUAUUAUCAAACAGAAGUGUUGAAGAAUAUAUAAAUCCAAAGUGUGCCAAUAUCAAAUGUGCUACGCUAAUAGCGGAAUGGCGCGAUGAUUCGUACUUUAUUACAGAGGAGUUAAAUGACAGCUAUCUAAAUGUAGUUUGGUUAGGACAUCAAUUUAGAGAUACUAUACAAGAAUUGGAUGCAAUAUAUAAGUCUAGUUACACCCGCGGGCAAAAAAGAUUUGUACUUCUUCAUUGGAUUCCUUCUGAUAUAAUUGAUGCUGACAUUAAAUUUACUCAAAUAUCAUUGCCCAGAUGUGAGGACCAUGAAUACUUGAAAAGUUCAAAUUGCCGAUACGAGUUAACUCCGAUCUUAAAAUAUUAUCCCGGAAGUUUAGUUUAUGAUAAACGAAUGAUGUAUGCUCUUCGAAAAUUUUAUAUAAAUGAUAAAGACUUUGAGAAUAUUCAGAAUGAGCUUAGUGUACAAAGAGCCUAUACAAAAGAUUCUGAAGAAUUAUUUAACAAUGUCGCGUGUAAUUGGCUGCUCCAGAAUUUUAAGACAUACAGUCAAUGGGUUCUACCAAAGACGGUGAAAACAUUAUCGAUUGGUGGUAUAUUCCCACUCCAUAUAACAGAUCGGGGACAUGCCAAUAUUAUUGAGGCAUCGCAAAGAGCUGUCGAUGUAAUCAAUGAGAAUAAAACAAUACUACCAAACUAUAAUUUAGAGCUACUAAUAAAAGACGGUCAAUGCAAGUCGGAUAUGGUUUUGAAGUCAUUUAUACAUUAUUUCAAUGAGCCAAAUUUAUUGGGUGUUCUGGGCCCUGCAUGCAGUGAAACUGUUGAACCGAUAGCAGGUAUUUCGAAGCAUUUGAAUAUGAUGGUUAUAUCAUAUUCCGCUGAGGGCGACUCUUUUGUUGACCGCGAUGCAUAUCCAUACUUUUUUCGAACGAUUGGAUCAAACAGCGAGUAUGUGGAUGCUUACAUCAAAAUUAUGCAGCGACUUGGUUGGACUCGAGUCUCAACAUUGACAGAGGACACCCAGCAAUAUACAGGCUAUUUGUCGCGCAUGGAGAACAAAUUGAGACUAUAUAACUUCACCUUGGCGUUCAGUCGAAAGGUUCCGCAUGAUGUGACUGCUACGGAAAUGAGAGAGCAUCUGGUCAAAUUAAAGGAAGCUUACUCUAGAAUUAUUAUUGCGGAGCUGCAAAGCGACACUGCGGCAAUUACCAUAUGUGAAGCCAUAAAGCUGGGCAUGACACAAACUGAGAACUAUGUUUGGUUCUUACCAUCUUGGCUGUCAAAAGACUUUAAAAUGUGGGGUAUUAAAGUCAAUAAUAAAUGUUCCACUGAGCAGUUUCGAAACGCAAUCGAAGGGCACUUAAGUAUAAGACACACCCCAUUUGGCGAACUAAAUGCAGAAAUGCAAGAGGGAAUAACUAUAAAUUCAUGGUUGACUUCUUAUAAAAAUAUGUAUCCAACAUUCUCAAGCUAUGUAGGGUUUGUUUACGAUGCAGUGUGGACCUAUGCACUUGCUGCACAUAAAUUGCUGGAGAACAACACUUAUGCUUUCAAUGAGUUAAGAUCAAUAGAAGUUACAACGCAACUGUCCAAAUUAAUUAGCGAAACAGAUUUUAAUGGCUUGUCUGGGAAUGUGAGAUUUGGAACAGGCGAGUUUGGCGGCUCACGUAUAAUCGAUCUGGAUAUUUUGCAAUGGACGAACUCGACUCAUGAAAGAAUUGGUUUAUUCAAGCCUAUUAUUGAGGGAGAAACAGCAAAUAUGCAUAUCACCGGAGGGAAACUUGUUUUUUACACAGAAAAAGCAUUUCAUGGGCAGGUGCCCGAAGAUGGACGAUAUGACUGUAGCUUUUCAGCUUUAGCCCGAUGUUUGGAUAUCACCUGUGAUAUUGCUUCCAUGAUAUUCAUAAUUUUUCAAUGCUUGAUAGUAAUUGUGCUGAUGUCACUAAUCUCUUGUUAUUUUUGGAAAAAACGUUUCGAUCGAAAAGUUAGACGAUCUGCCCAAAUAAUGAAAAUGUUUGGCAUUGACCUGAUCUCACCAUCAAGAAACAAAGUGAAUACAUUAGACAAAUGGGAAGUACAAAAGGAUAACGUUGUGAUCAAUAGACGGUUAGGAGAAGGUGCUUUUGGCACGGUCUAUGGUGGUGAAGCGCGAUUGGACUCCGACGAAUGGACUGCAGUGGCUGUCAAAACUCUGAAGGCUGGACAAUCUACAGAGGACAGAUUAGAUUUCUUGGCAGAAGCAGAAGCGAUGAAAAAGUUUAAUCAUAAGAAUAUUAUUAAACUUUUAGGUGUUUGUUUGCAAACGGAACCAAUUUACACAAUAAUGGAAUUCAUGCUUUAUGGCGAUUUGAAAACAUACCUUUUGGCUAGAAGAAACAUGGUAAAUGAGAAACAAACUGAUGAAUCUGAUAUAUCAUCAAAGCGUUUGACUAUGUAUGCCAUGGACGUUGCAAGUGGAUUGGCAUAUCUUGCAGAGCAAAAAUAUGUUCAUCGUGAUAUAGCAUGUAGAAAUUGUCUAGUGAACUCUCAGCGUGUCGUUAAAAUUGGAGACUUUGGUAUGGCCCGACCCACAUUUGAAAGUGAUUAUUAUUGCUUCAACAGAAAAGGUGUAAGAAAACUUUUCCCAGUCCGCUGGAUGCCUCCUGAAACACUUUCAUUGGGACUAUUCACGCCAGGUUCUGAUAUAUGGUCAUUUGGAGUUGUACUUUUUGAAAUAAUAACAUUUGGAUCAUACCCCUAUCAAGGUCUAACAAAUAACCAAGUUCUCGAUUUUGUAAAAGCUGGUAAUACACUACAAAUACCAAGCGGUGUCAAGCCACAACUAGAGGGCCUUUUAAAGUCCUGUUGGAGUCAGGAGGUGAGCAAACGUCCAACGGCGCUGGAAAUAAUAGAAUAUAUUUCAAACUAUCCACGAUUGCUCACACCAUCGAUAGAUUUUUCCGGAACGGCAGUUCAACUGUCGGAGUCGGAAUGCGAUGAAGUCGAGCUUCUGCCAACUUGUCACAAACCUUUUUCGUCGAAAAACGAGUCCGACUUGGAUCUUUUGCCACAUCAACAACCAUGUUCUGAUAAUAUUCACAAAAAUAGCAUUGAGAAUGAAUUUCCGAAAUCCGGGGAUAAUGAUGGUUCUGGUACCCCAUGUAAUGAUAUUUCCUUUUCCCAAACGACGCCAGAUGGUUAUAGCAUAAUGGCUCCACUUUUGAAGCAUCAACUGGAUGACAAUUCAAACGGUAAAAAAUCAUAAACUAAUAAUAUCCAUUAAGUAAAACUUGGGAUCUAUGAGUUAAAGCUAAUGGACUUAAAUUAUAAUUUAAAAAAGCAACGAUGACAAUUUUCUUAAAAGUACUGAUGAAUGUUGUAAUAAUAAUGAAAUGCAGGGAUAAUUAUAUUUUCAGAU